AUGCCUAGCAACAGAAGAAAUAUUAGAAAAAGACAAUUUGAUGCUGGAAAGUCUCUCAAGCUCUACAGAGACUACGAGGGAUUGUACCAAUAUCUCCACGGAGACAAUGGCAGCGCCAAUGAGCUCAAAACUUUUGAGCAGUUUGAGAAGAUAGAAAAUUUGGAUAAAAUAGCCUCAAUGUUCUUGAAGAGAAAGAACAAUGUGCCCAUCCCUGACAUUACUCCAGGGAUGAAGGAGAACUCGAGCAACAAGUCAGAGGAAUCCUCGAAGACGAACUUCACUAAAGUGGAGGAUAAGCCUCCUGUUGAUUUCUACUUCAAACCCCUUGGCCCAGUAGGACAGAAUUAUAUAAAAUAUACACCGAAAGUUACCCCUUUGAUUGGAGAACAAAACUAUGAGAAGGUUGAUUUCAUGCUUCUCAAGUCUCAAUGGGAGGAGUUCACAGCGAAUGUUAAGACUCUCAACGAAAGCCACAAGGACAUUGUAGAAGAAAUUAUUGAUAAAUUUGAGAAAUACACAGCCAAAGAUGAUGUUCACUCUUUCGAAAAGUAUAAAGAGUUCAUAAAGAAGGUUCGUAUGAUCAGUAAGCAGAAGCUACCUAGUGAUGCCCAACUCAAAGGGAUCUACAACGUCUGGGUUUCUUUAAGAAAGAAGAUAGAGAACGCCUUGCUGAGACCAUUCUGGAAAAAGCCAGACAUCAAUGACAAUUCUCCUAUUGCCUCAUUCAGAUCAAGAGUUCCAGAGAAAAUGCAGACUAGAAGAAAGAAUAAGAAUGAUCAAAGCAAUUACCUCAAGCUGAGAAUGCUCAGGAAGGAAAUCUUCUGAGGCAGAACUCUUGUUCAUGAUGUCAUGAGGAGAGAAAAGCUCAAGAUGGCUGCUAUAGAUCUCGACUUCAUGGAAGUCAAGCAAAAAUAUAUGGAGUUACAAGACUCUAGUAAGAAGAAUGCAGACUAUGAGGAAUAUAUCAAGAAUGAAGAAGCCAACUUUAGAAUUGACCUUCCAAGUCAUCUCGCUGAGACUUACAGGAUGGAAGAUAGAGAAGAAGAGAAAUCUGAGCAGAAGUCUCAUCAUGAUCAAGAUAUGGAAAGCAAUAGGUCAGAGAGAUCUAGUAAUAAGAGAACAAAGAGACCACAUGACAUGGAUAAAAACUCAGUACUUGAGCCGGAGAACAGUAUAAAUUCUGAUUUCCAGAGCAAUGCUGAUGUCCCUCUAUCCAGAAAUCCUUCAUCUGCUGGUGGGCCGUUAUCACAGACUACCACUACUAUACCCACUCAGCCUCCUAAGGAUAUGAGAGCUAAAAUAGAUCCUACAACAGUGCUGCAGCUGUCUAUAAUGUAUCACAAACUGAGUUACAUUGGGAUGCAGGUAGAUCCAAACAGGAUAAAGAUUAGCUCUACAAAGGCCAUCAAGAAGGAAGACUACCUAAACUUGUCCCAAAAGGAGCUCGAGAAAGAGCUUUACUUCAGAGCAGGAACCAGACCAAAGACUAUCAAAGAGAAUGAAGAUACCGCUGGUGACAUAAAAUACACCAUUUUCACUGCUAGAAGUGGAAGAGUUAUGAUUCUUAGAAAACCAGUGGGAGGCAGAUAUGAAGUCAUGGACAAGUACAAGCAUGAUGAGCUCCCAAGAUCCAACCGCGAGACUGCAAAUAACCUUAAGAGAAUCAAAAUUUCUGAGAAUGACGAAGUAGAGGGGAUCAGACAUUCUACAAAUCCAGCUCUUCAGUACCAAAUCAAUAACACUUUUGGUGACUGCUAUGGCCUAGAGGAUAACACUGCUGAAGACUCUGACGAGAGUAUGUCAGACAAUGAGAAGAAUGACAAGGAUGACUACACUUCCGGCUUCAUCGAAAGAUACAGAAAGAGAAAGGGAAACAAUAAAAGAGGCAACAAAACCUCACUCAAAAUCCAACAUUCUAAGAGUAUUAUUUGUUAA